CACACCGCUCCGUAAGGUCUUCUGCUUCCAAAACAAACGACCGCUUUGUACCAAUCCUGUUACUUAGUGUGGGUAAAAUUCCUGACUGACAAGGCCUGCAUAAAGUAUUUCAUAAGUGUGGAAAUAUUGAAAUAUGUGCAUCGGUGACAGAAGCAUAAUUUCCGUUGAUGCUGCACACUCCAAAGGCAAAGCCCAAGGAGCAGAGCGGAGCCCCGGAGCGGAGCUAGCUGAGCUGUACUCUCGCGAGCGCUGCUAUUUAGGUAUGAUGUUGGCUAACACAAUCACAUUGGGAUCUGCGUGGAGACAACACUUCAUCUCAUUGCAGCGCAUUAUAGCAUUCAUCCAUGCAAGCUCCAUGAUCCAUGUAUGAAUAAAUGUGUAUGUUCAACGUUCGGGACAGUUAGAUUUCAGUAUUAGCUCAGGAAUGGACUUCGCUCGCUCAGAUCUUCUCGAUAUGGGUGAUGAUGAUUGUGAUGAUGAAGACAAUCGUGAACCUGAAGACAAUAUUGUUCUGGCACAUCAAGCCGCAUCAUCAGGCAACAUCCCUCUUCUCAUGGAGGCAUUUAAUCAGGAUCCCAGUGUAUUAGAAAGCUGUGAUGAAAAAGGCAUGACUCCAUUGUCUCAUUCAGUCCUGAGCAAAGAACUGGACAUGUUCAAGUUUUUACUCAAGAUGGGAGCAAAUAUCAACACCCAAGAUGCCCUAGGGAGAACUCCCCUAUGUUUAGCUGCAUAUGAGGGUUGGUAUGAAGGUGUGGUAUGCCUGCUACGUCACGGAGCUAAGCAAACGAUAGCGGACAAGAGUGGGCGGCUUCCUCUUCAUGCUGCAACAUGUGACAAGCAAUCCAGAACACUGUCGGCCCUUCUGCAGUCACUGAGCGUCAGCGACAUCGACAAGCCAGACAACGAGGGCAUGACCGCGCUCCACUGGGCCGCCUUUCACAACCGUCCAGAGCACAUCCAGCUUCUCAUGCUACGAGGAGGUGACAUCUAUCAGACGGAUAUCGAUGAGAAAACACCACUCCAUUGGGCAAGUCAGAACGGAUGUCUAGUUUGCAGUUCUGUCAUGGCCAAGUGCCAUAGUGGGGGUGCCCCACUCAUCAACUCAACAGAGGCUACAGGAAAGACUUGUGUUCAUCUCGCAGCUGCUGCUGGACACCAUGAAAUCUUGUUAGAGUUUGCUCAGAUUCCCAAUGUAGACUUUGAAGCCUUAGAUCCAGAUGAAAGGACACCCUUACAUUGGGCAGCGGUCAAAGGCCAUGUCAAUUGUGUCAAGGUGCUUCUGGAACUAGGGGUAUGUCCCUCACCCGUGGACCUUGAUGGGGGCACGCCACACCAGUACAGCAUCCAGGCCAGAAAGAGCGAGGCAACAAAACUACUCAAAGGGACAGAAUGUGGGUUCGGCCAGGAGACGGAAGAACCUACAGAAUCGGAAGGAACCAAAGAUGGGGUCAAGAAGAAACGUUUUGCCUUUCUCACCAGCUGGUUAGACAAAAGAAAGAAUGCUAAAUCACAGUACAGCAGUGGAGAGAACAAACAGGAUGGCAACUUUCAAGAUGUAUUCAGUGGUUUGCCACAGGAGGGCAGCGCAAGGAAAUCAGAAUCCAUACUGAAAUCAAAGAAUGAAGCCACAAAGCUGGGAUCUACAAAAGGUGCGAUAGGUUUUGAUGUAAUGACGAGCGAUCCCAAACUCUUGGAGGACAAAAAUAAAAAUGCAGACUUAACAAGAACUAGUGACACUGUUGGACAAAGUCUUUCAGAUGAUCAGAAUUCCACGAGUGAUCUUCGCCGCAGAACAAAUCACGACACGCAAAUUUUGAAUAGAAGGAAAUUGCGAAGGAGACAGCUUGCAGAAGGUGAACUGCAACAUGCUGUGUCUGAACCGCAUUUAGGUUCUAGCUACCCUUCCCCAAAGCAUGAGGACUUGCUGGAUAACCUCUCCCUUAGCUCUCAUCAAAGCCAGGUUACCAUGGUUACUAAUGGAUCAGGUGGUAGGAAGGAAGGUAGAGAUGAAGACUCUCCAAAAAUAAAUAUUCAAAACCUACAUGAUGGAUCCUCACUCCUUGUCAAGCCAUUCUUUAGGGCUUUGCCGAAUGCAGAGGUUCUUCAACAACAAGCUAAAGAAAUCCUAGAGGCACAGAAGAGCCCAGGAGGGGGCCAUAAGCAGGGGAAAUCUGGAGGAUCGGCCGGUGGACGAGCUUCAACUAGUCUGGAUCACUAUGGAUUCAUGGGAAGACCAAACAGUCCGAAACUUGCCCCUAUCUCGGCCAAACCUAGGAGACUCGAUUCACCGGGUGAGCUAUCAGUACCACUCCCUGCUGGGUUUGUUCAACAAAGAUCAUCGUCUCUCACAUGGGAAUCAUGGGAAAAUCAUUGGAAAGAAGGGAAAGAUCAGAUAAGACAACGACCUGAUGUUCUAGAACCGAUACGGCACAAUAUAGUUGAUAAAUCAAAGAAAAAAAGAAAAAAGAAGCCAAGCUCUAAUCAUCUUAGGGAAGUACAAGAACUUGACAUGAGAUGAUAAACAAGACUCUGAUUGGUCGUCAAGAGAUUUAAGACUGAUGUGUGCUCCUGGCCAGUCACUUACCAACUCAAAUCCAAUGUGCAAUUCUUGCAGCUUUAAUUUGUUCAACAAAGUUGUAUUUUUAUGUUGUGUGCUGAUCUUUUAUGAAGUCAUUAGGGGAUUCUAACACUCAUUCCGGUGGAUAGAUGUAGAAUUUCAUGUAUUUACAAGCUUCAAGCAUUCCCCUUGAAUUUUGCACAUUCAGAUGAUCUUUGUAGGUUUCCGUGGUGGAGUUUAUAAUGAGGAGAAGGUUUACGGUUCACUAUGUGUGAUAUGAAGAAGAAG